AUGCAGCUCCUCAUGUGCCGGGGUUCCUCGAGAACACUCUGCACCAUCGCACUGCUCAUCCUCCUGGUCGACUUUCCGGACAAGAUCUCCGCCUUUCAGACUGGACCCGUACAGGCGCCUGGACUGAGAAGCUCCAGGAGAUGUUCGACCACGAUGAAUAUGAAGUACGAACUGCGAUACUCGAUGUUUGACGGCGACGAUGGUUGUGUGAAAGUCUUGGCGGCCCGAACAAGAGAACAAGGGCAAGAAGAUGAAGACCGCGGUGGCCAAAGCUCUGCCACCGCCUUCGCUUCUCCGACGGAACUCAAGGACAGUCUCGCUGACGAGGUGGAGCUCGUUCAGGAGAAGGAUGCCUUGACCAAGGUCAAGGACGCCCUGACAAGCAUCAAGAUCGAUGAGGAUCUGAGUCAGAAGGGAGCAGCUGCUGUCGUGGUGGUGCUCGCAGUGCCCGCACCCGUCCCUUCCUCAUCCCUUCACAGGCUGCGGGAGCAGGCGGAGUGUUCAUGCUCAAGAGAGGAGAUGGAG